CUCAGCUCUGGUGCCAGCCUCGUUAGCUACUCGGCUUUUAUUUUCUAGUUUGUCUUUGCGGUUGUGGCCGCUCUUUUUUUGUUUUAACCCCUCUAGUCUAGCGCUGGUGGUAUUCAUCUUUCUUGGCAGUACAUGUAUCAAAAUCAAUGCCGCCACUAAAAACAGCUCAUGCAUAUGACUGAGUUGAACUCAACUCCACCGCUGAGGAUGAUGAUGAUGAUGAGUUCAUGACUUGCAACACAUAGUACGCACACUGGAAGACAAGACAGUGAAAAGCUUUGCGGUUCUUGGUUUCAAUUCAUCAAGGCUUUCAAGCUAAGUUCUUUAUCUUCCUCUUUGUAACAUUUCUGAAAAAAGCAAACAUUUUGCUGUUGUUUCAGCAAUGCGUUUGAGCUUGUUUUUGGUGGUUUUUUUUUUAUGCCAUUAGGUAGUAUUUUCUUUCCCAUCAACCAAUUCAGCCUGAAGUUCAGAGAAUUUGCUUUACUCUUUGAUUUUUGAAAAAAAAAAAACGUUUUUAACGAAUUAAGGCAGCCCAAUUUUUGAAUUCUUGAUUUAUAGUCCUUGUGAAAAAGAUGCUGCACGCAAAAUCAGAAUCUGAUAUAACAAGUUUAGCCCCGUCAUCCCCUUCAAGAUCUCCAAAAAGGCCUGUAUAUUUUGUACAGAGUCCUUCAAGAGACUCUAAUGAUGGAGACAAGUCUGCAUCCAUGCAGCCAACUCCCAGUUUUAAUAGUCCAAUGGAGUCCCCUUCACACCCUUCCUUUGGCCGCCACUCCAGAAACUCUUCUGCUAGUCGAUUUUCUGGGAUUUUUAGGUCCUCCUCAGGGAGGAAAGGAGGCAGAAAGAGAAAUGACAAGGGGUGGCCUGAGUGUAAUGUGAUCGUAGAAGAAGGGAAGUAUGAUGAAUUUGAUGAUGAUAAGGGGUUUACCAGACGGUUUCAGGCUCUGAUGGCUCUUUGCGGGUUUAUUGUACUUUUUACCGUGUUUUGCCUCAUCAUAUGGGGUGCUGGACGGAAUUACAGAGCUGAGGUUAGUGUGAAGAGCUUGGUAGUACAUAACGUGUACAUGGGAUCGGGUUCAGAUUUCACAGGAGUACCUACCAAAAUGUUUACGGUCAAUGGCACAUUGAGGAUGGCCAUAUACAAUCCUGCUACAUUCUAUGGUAUUCAUGUCAGCUCCUCGCCUGUCAAUCUUAUCUAUUCAGAUAUUGUUGUGGCAACUGCUGAGAUGAAGAAAUAUUAUCAGCCAAGAAAGAGCCAUCGUACUGUGUUGGUCGAUAUUGAAGGGACUAAAGUUCCUCUAUAUGGGGCUGGAUCAAAUUUAGUAGAAUCAGUUAAUGGGGUGGUUCGGGUUCCAUUGACAUUAGAUUUUUGGAUUCGUUCACGAGGAGACGUUGUGGGGAAAUUGGUGAGGACUAAGCAUCGAAGGCACGUUUCUUGCUCCCUGGUCAUUGACUCCACAAUCUCCAAACCAAUCAAGUUUCUCAAGGAUUCAUGUGUUUACAGCUGACCAGGAACUCCACUUCUCCUCCACUGCAAUGGCUCUGCUGCUUCGGAUUGUCCAGCUUCUGUCAUCUCUGUCCCAAGAAAGUCGGGAUAUCAGCUUUGAGAUAUCAUAAAGAGAGAAGAUACUAGUAUAGUAUAUCCUUAGCUGUGUAACUGGUUAGUUUUGUAAUGCUCCGGUGUUUUGAGUAUUGUGCGAGCUAAGAAUAAGUAAUGCAUGUACAUCUCUAUCUUCAAAUUGGACAAAUAUUACCCGAGACUGAUUUGGAUUUUUCAAGAGGAAGUUUGAAAGCUAGGCUUGCUCAUAGUUCUUUCUUGUACAUCUUGCAAUUGUGACGAGUUUUGUUCAAUGCAGCUGGAUAAUUAGUGGAAUAUUUUGGAUGUA